AUGUAUGCAGUCGUCAAAGAUCGGUACUGGGUCAGACUGGUUGCCUACACAGAUAGAGUUGAAUACAUCUUUGAUGAGAACGACUGCACUCUCAGGAUCACAGACCUGAGAGAGAGAGACUCAGCUGAAUACGAGUUCAGAUUCACAACAAACCAACCAGGUGGAAGUUUUACUGGUUCACCUGGAGUCAAUCUGUCUGUCACAGAUACUCCUAAAGCUGUUAUUGUGUCAGCAAGUCCCAAUGUCAGUGAAAUCAAUGAGGGUGGUUCAGUGACUCUGACCUGUAGCAGUGAUGCUAAUCCACCAGCUACUCACACCUGGUACAAGAAGAACGGCCAAAGACACCCGAUUAAAAAGCUCAUCUUCAGCUCCAUCCAGUCCUCUGAUUCUGGAGAGUAUUACUGUAGAGCUGCAAACACAUUAGGGUGGAGGACAUCCGAAUCCAUCUCCAUUGAUGUAAAAUAUGCUCCAAAAGUUGUUACUACGUCAGUGAGUCCCACUGAUGAAAUCAAGGAGGGCACUUCAGUGACUCUGACCUGUAGCAGUGAUGCUAACCCAGCAGCUAAUUACACCUGGUACAAGGAGAAUGGCCAAAGAUAUCUCAGUAAAGAGCUUGUCUUCAGCUCCAUCCAAGCCUCUGAUUCUGGACAGUACUACUGCAUAGCUAAAAAUAAACUGGGUUUGAUGACACCUAAAUCCAUCUCUAUUGAUGUGAAAUAUGCUCCCAAAGUUGUUAUAGUGUCUGUGAGUCCCACUGGUGAAAUCAAAGAGGGGACUUCUGUGACUCUGACCUGUAGCAGUGAUGCUAACCCACCAGCUACUCUCACCUGGUACAAGGAGAAUGGCCGAAGAUAUCUCAGUAAAGAGCUUGUCUUGAGCUCCAUCCAGUCCUCUCACUCUGGAGAAUAUUACUGUACAGCUGUAAACAAAGUGGGGUGGAGGACAUCUGAAUCUAUCUUUAUUGACGUGAAGUAUGCUCCAAGGUUUCUGUCAGUGUGGGUGAGCCCUCCUAAUGAAAUCAGGGAGGGUGGAUCAGCAACUCUGACCUGUAGCAGUGAUGCAAAUCCAGCAGCUCAAUACUCCUGGUACAAGAAGAAUGGUCAAACACCUCUCAGUAACGAAUGGCAGCUCUCCUUCAGCUCCACCCAGCCCUCUGACUCUGGACAGUAUUAUUGUACAGCCGAGAACAAAAUCGGGAAGAAAACAUCUAAAAACAUCUCUGUUGAUGUGAAAUAUGCUCCAAAGCUUCCCUCUGUGUCAGUGAGUCCCUCUGCUGAGAUAGUGGAGGGCAGUUCAGUGACUCUGACCUGUAGCAGUGAUGCUAAACCAGCAGCUACAUACACCUGGUACAAGAAUCAAACACAGCUUAGUAAAGAACCACAGCUGUCCUUCAGCUCCAUCCAGCCCUCUGACUCUGGAGAGUAUUACUGUAUAACUGAGAACAAGCUGGGGACAUCAACACCUGAAUACAUCUCCCUUGAUCUGGAAAUGUUUCCUCCUCCAGCUGCUCCAAAGCUUCCCUCUGUGUCAGUGAGUCCCUCUGCUGAGAUAGUGGAGGGCAGUUCAGUGACUCUGAUGUGCACCAGUAACAAUAACUCAGCAGCUAAUUACACCUGGUACAAGAAGAACAAUGAAACACAACUUAGUAAAGAACCGCAACUCACCCUUAGCUCCAUCCAGCCCUCUGACUCUGGAGAGUAUUACUGUACAGCUGAGAAUGAGCUGGGGAGGAGGACAUCCACAUUCGUCUUUAUUGGAGUAAAAUAUGCUCCAAAGCUUCCCUCUGUGUCAGUGAGUCCCUCUGCUGAGAUAGUGGAGGGCAGUUCAGUCACUCUGACCUGUAACAGUGACGCUAACCCAGCAGCUAAAUACACUUGGUACAAGAAUCAAACACAGCUUAGUAAAGAACCACAGCUCACCUUCAGCUCCAUCCAGCCCUCUGACUCUGGAGAGUAUUACUGUAUAGCUGAGAACAAGCUGGGAACGUCAACACCUGAAUACAUCUCCCUUGGUGUGAAAUAUGCUCCAAAGCUUCCCUCUGUGUCAGUGAGUCCCUCUGCUGAGAUAGUGGAGGGCAGUUCAGUGACUCUGACUUGUAGCAGUGAUGCUAACCCUGCAGCCACUUACUCCUGGUACAAAAGGAACAAUCAAACACCUGUCAGUAAAUAUUCACAGCUGACCUUCAGCUCCAUUUGGCCCUCUGACUCUGGGAAGUAUUACUGUACAGCUGAGAACAAGCUGGGAACAUCAGCACCUAAAUACAUCUCUGUUAAUGUGACAUAUGCUCCAAAGCUUCCCUCUGUGUCAGUGAGUCCCUCUGCUGAGAUAGUGGAGGGCAGUUCAGUGACUCUGACCUGUAGCAGUGAUGCUAACCCAGCAGCUAAUUACACCUGGUACAAGGAGGAUGAAGACUCACCUAAAGCAUCUGGACAGAGCUUCACCAUCACUGACUUCAGAUCUGAGCACAGUGGGAGUUAUUUUUGUGAAGUGCAGAACACCAGAGGACGUCACAACUCCACCUUAAAGCUGAAAGCUGUUGCAGGAACAUGGACAAUGGUAUCUCUUAUGGUUCCUGCUAUUCUCCUCAUUAUUCUUCUGGCUCUCGUACUCAUCUUUCUCAUCCUGUGGUUCAUAGCCUCCAAGCAGCAGAUUCCUGAGCCUGUAGAGAGACCAGAUGACAGUGAAGAGCUAUGGCCAACAGAGGAUGACAUUGUCUAUGCUAGUGUCCACUUUUCCAAACAUCAGGCAGAUCAUGUUUACACCCAAAUUAGACCAUCUCUGACCAAAAGUCACAGGAAGGAAAAGGAGGAAGAAGCAGAGAUGCUCACAUUUAGGAGUGCAAGUACCACACCAGGAAACCAAGAAGCAGCAGAUCCAGCUCCUCUGUAUGAUUAAAAACCCGACAUGGAAAGCCAAGUCUUAAGCUAAUUUUUCCAUGGCAGAUAUCACAACAAAUUAAUAUGGAGUUGAGCAACAUCAAUCACCAACUUCCUGGAUAAUCAUACCAAUCAUUGUUUCUACUUGAGUCCGAAGUAACCAGAACCUUAAAACCCACAUCUCUGUGAUGUGCUGACCACCCCCUCAAUUUCCAUACAUUAUAGAUAUUGCUGGUAUAUUAUGCUGCAUUUGUGUUUUGGAGUACACAAAAAUGACAACAAUAAUAAUAAUAUUUUAUUUUGCAUAGAAUCAGAGAACUUUGGUGAAGCAGCCAAAGCCACCUCUUGGUUCAUGGGGUACAAAUUGUAUUUCUGCAAAACUAUCUUUACCUUAUCCUGUCAACUCUAAAUGCAGAAUACUAUAGCCUGUCUGCAGCUUACAGAUUGUACACAUUCGUCAUUAAUCAGUGAUGAACAUGAUAUUAUCAGGAACAAUCAAUGAUUAUGUUUCUAUAUAUUUGAGGAUCAUUUUGUAUGUAUCACAAGCCAUGUUUACAUGGACACAAGUAAAUCAAUUAAAAAUAUGACCGAAAUAAAAACGCUUCAUGCCAAUUGGAUGAUUCUAACCCAGUCACGCUCGUUCACAUCACAAUUUCUUUCUGAUCAAGACAGGUGGCUUAUACUGUUUAUUAAUGUGAUUGGUGUGCAUGGAAACACCUUUCCUGAUGUUUGGGGUAAAAUUAUCCUUACUCUGCAUGUAUGUGUUACUUCAGCUAUAUGGUGACUCACUGUAUUACUGCCUUUACAGCAGCUAAUGGUAUACAUUGUGUUAGUUAAACAAAACUGGUCUGUAUCCAACACAAAAAUCCACUGGUUCCUUGUCUUUGGUGGAGGAGGGGCAUCUAAAUUUAAUGUCACUGGGGUGAAAUUAAUGUCCUGCAGUCUACUGUUCAUUGGGAGACAGAGAAGACAAAGGAGAGAGUACUGCUGGGCUUGUAGCUUCAUUAAAGACACCAGCAUACACAAAAUUAAUAUGGGAAAAGAAAAAUGAUACAGAAGUCCUAAAAGAGAGAGGAGACAAACCAAAAUCUGUGGCAUGUAGAAAGGUGAUGAUAAAGGGUGUUUGUUUCCAUCGAAAAUCAUGACUUUUUCUUUUACUAUUUCUGGACGAAUCUGCCUAUGAUUUAGUCUGUUCAAAUGCUUGAUGCAUUUAGAAAAAUCCCCUGAUUUAAGGUUUAAAGCACAAAUUCUUCUGAAUGUGAAGCACAUGUAAAAAUGGCUAUAGAUUUUUCAAUUAGUUCUUAGAUUAAUGUAGAUUAAGCCAGAUCUGUCAGUGAAUGCAAGGUUUAGCAAUUUAUUGCAUGCGUUUUGUCUUCUACUGUUAAAGUUAGAUGUGGAGCCAAAGGAUUCCAUUUGAUAGCAACAAUGUGCAUCUGAAAUGUUUGUGCACAUAGCAU